GGUUGGGGGCAGAGAGGAGGAGGAUGGGGACAGGACCAACCCAGAAACAGGAGAGGGUGCCAGCUCAGACAAAGAGAGACCGUUCCUCUGCUCCCAGUGUGGUAAGCGGUUCACUGCACCAAGCAGCCUGAAGACUCACAUGCAGAGACACAGCGGAGAGAAACCCCACCAGUGCUCCUUCUGUGGGAAGCGCUUCCUACGAUCCACAGACCUGAAGAGACACCAGAUGAUCCACAAAGCAGUCACCUCAGACAGACCGCACUGUUGUUCGGAGUGCGGCAAGACGUUCACCUCGCCCACCAGCCUGAGGAUCCACCUGAAGAUCCACAGCGAAGACAAACCCCACCAGUGUUCCGUCUGCGGGAAGCGUUUCCUGUGGCUGUGUGUUCUGAAGAGACACCAGGUGGUGCACAAAGGAGAGAGCGCCACCUCGGACCCAGACAGCCCAGGGGAUCCCGAACAGGGGCAGAAGCCGUACCCGGACCCUAAAAGACUGUACCUCUGCUCAGAGUGUGGCAAGAGGUUCACCACAGCGCCUUUACUAAAGUCUCACAUGAAGUCUCACAGUGGGGAGAUACACCACCAGUGCUCUGUCUGUGGGAAGUGUUUCCUGCUGUUCCAGGACCUCAAGAUACACCAGGAGAUCCACAAAGGUGAGAGAGACACCAGCAGAUACACAAAGGUGAGAGAGAGACACCGGGCGAUCCACAAAGGUGAGAGAGACACCGGGAGAUACACAAAGGUGAGAGAGAGACACCAGGAGAUACACAAAGGUGAGAGAGAGACACCGGGAGAUCCACAAAGGUGAGAGAGAGACACCGGGAGAUCCACAAAGGUGAGAGAGAGACACCGGGAGAUCCACAAAGGUGAGAGAGACACCGGGAGAUACACAAAGGUGAGAGAGAGACACCAGGAGAUACACAAAGGUGAGAGAGAGACACCAGGAGAUACACAAAGGUGA